AUGGCGUCGUCACCAAGACAUCCAGACGCAGAAGAAGCCCUUGGCGGAGCUGGUGGCGCUGCUGCUACUGCUCCUCCCGCAGAGAAGUAUGGAAUCUCGCCAGUCGGGACGCCCGCUACGAGCCCGAGCUUGUCCGACAAGGAGCUCGAUGAUACAUAUCAAGUCUACAAGACGACGGCGGACCUGGAGACCACGCCGGAGGAGGCGAAGAAGGUCUUGCGGAAGAUCGAUUCGCGUGUUGUGCCGAUUCUCUUCUUCACGUACAUGUUGCAGUACCUCGACAAGAACUCGCUCAACUUUGCGAGCGUGUACGGGUUGAAGCAGGGGACGAACCUCCAUGGACAGGAUUACUCCUGGCUAGGUUCGAUCUUCUACUUCGGUUAUCUGAUCUCUCAGUUCCCCUCGGCAUAUGCCCUGCAGAAGCUGCCAAUAGGCAAAUUCGUCUCCAUCGUCACGGUGAUAUGGGGCGCCAUCUUGAUGACAACCCCGGGAUGCACGUCGUUUGCGGGGAUCGCCACGAACCGGUUCUUCCUGGGCUUGACAGAAGCCACAGUCAACCCGGCCUUCGUAUUGAUCAUGAGCAUAUGGUAUACAUCAGCCGAGCAACCUCUGCGUCUCGAGUCGUACUACUGUACGAACGGUAUCGCGACCAUGUUUGGUGGCCUGAUUGGGUACGCUGUCGGCCAUAUAAAAACUGGACUUGCGCGCUGGAUGUACGUCUUCAUUAUAUUUGGCGCCAUUAGUAUCGCCUGGGGUGUGGUCAGCUUCAUUGUGCUGCCUGACCUUCCCGCGACCGCCAAGUUCCUGAACGAUAAGGAGAAGGCCAUCGCCAUUGAGCGGGUGUCGAGGAACAAGCAGGGCGUGAAGAACCACCACUUUCGCAAAUACCAGGCUGUUCAAUGCGCGAAGGACCCCAAGACCUGGAUUCUCUUCAUAAUGGCUGUGGGUGCGCAGAUCCCGAAUUCGGCCCUGACAAGCUUCGCGAGCAUCAUAGUAGGAAGCUUCGGGUUUGACACGUUGGGAACACAAUAUAUGCAGAUACCAGGCGGAGCAGUGCAGUUCCUGGCCUUGAUCGUGGGAGGCUGGGUCUGCACGCAAUGGCCAAGUGCAAGAUGUAUCACCAUGAUCGUGGCCAACUCGAUCUGUAUCAUAGGUGCCGGACUACUUGUGGGGCUGCCGGACCACAACAAGUGGGGACGCCUCGUCGCUCUCUGGCUGUGCUACUUCCAGGGCCUGGGUUUCUCGAUGUCGCUGACUAUGGUGUCAUCCAACGUUGCCGGCUAUACGAAGAAGCAGCUCACGGCAGCGGUGCUUUUCACGGGAUACUGCGUGGGAAAUAUCAUUGGACCUCAAACGUUCAUUGAUAGCGAAUAUCCUAGAUAUCACAGCGCGUAUAUCGCCAUGUUAGUGGGAUAUAGUAUCAAGCUGGUCAUGGUCAUCAUCUUGUACAUUUACAUGUACAGAAGCAAUAAGGCCCGCGACGCGGCCGGUCUUGUAAACGACCAUGCCGCGAUCGAAAUGGGUAUGCACGACCAGACGGAGCUCGAUAACCCAGGAUUCAGCCCGGGUCGACUAAUGACGGCAUCGGUAGAUUACGACAAGCAGAAGCUGCUGCUGUCCUCUGAGACUGGACACUUCUCUCUGAUCCGAGCUCUCCACCUGGCGGACUUGAUCACCGAACUCAAUGGCUUUUGCGGUGUCAUGUCUAUAUUUUCUUCCAUGCGCUACCUCAUCGACCCCACCUCGGUCGGCAAUCUCUACAGCGCACUGGCAUUCCUACCCCUCGGCCUGUUCUUCGACUUCAUGGACGGCAAGGUCGCACGAUGGAGGAAGAAGAGCAGCAUGAUGGGACAGGAGCUUGACUCCCUCGCUGAUCUGAUCUCCUUCGGCGUGUCCCCGGCCGUCGUCGCCUUCGCCAUUGGCGUCCGCACCCCGCUCGACCACGUGUGCCUGGCCUUCUUCGUGCUGUGCGGCCUGACGAGGCUGGCGCGCUUCAACGUCACCGCGACCGCGAUCCCCAAGGACGCGACUGGCAAGGCCGCCUACUUCGAGGGUACGCCGAUUCCCACCACGCUGGGCAUUGACGCCGUGAUGGCCUACUGGGUGUCGCAGGGCUGGAUCCACGACAGCCUCCCCGGCGGCAUGUGGCUCGCCGGCUCGGCGCUCGAGUUCCACCCCCUUGUGCUGAUCUUCCUCAUCCACGGAUGUCUCAUGACGAGCAAGUCGAUUCACAUCCCGAAGCCGUAA